AUGGAGUGUCUUGUGCUGAUUUUGAUGCUGAAGAUAGCGGUUUAUUCUUCAGGUUUAAACAGUGCUUCAGUGGCUCCUUCAAACUAAGUUAGCAUUGUUACACCCACUGGACAACCUUGGACUCUGCUCGUUAUUUGGUCUCAAGCUUUUGCCAACAAUUAUAGCAAGUAGCACACUUGGCUGGACACUGGUCAUCGGCACUAACUGGGAAACAGAAACAGAAAGAGAGGGAGAACACACAGCCAAAUCAUGGAGAUGGUGGAGCUGAGCAGCGCUGACCCUACAGCUGAUGAUAAAGGCGAGGAGGAAAGUGCAGAGAUCCUGAAGACGGAUGUUAUAGAAGCAGCAGAGGGAGAGGAUGAGGAUGAAACGAAUGUUUACUCCAAACUUCAGAAUGUACCCGAGGAUGUCUAUCAGAUGGCGACCCUGGCAAAACAGCCUCAGAAACACAUAACAAACUUCUCAAGAUUUCGCCUGUUCCGGGCCGUGACUGCGAUUCUCUGCGUCAUCUGUCUGAUACUAUUGGUCGUGAUUAUUGCACUCGCAAUGAAGUUGCAGAUGCAAUCUGUCUGUUCAGAGGAGAAGAUGGAUGGAUCUCCUGUCUGCACUUUACAGCAAUGCCAGUCAAUUUACCCGCAAAGACAGAAAGUUCACACCUCUACCUGCCAAAAGUGUGGUAACGGUUGGGUCGAGUUCGAAGGCUUCUGCUUCCUGCUCUCCCGGGACCGUCUCACCUGGUCUGAGAGCAGAGGAGAGUGCCAGCGCAGAGGUGCUUAUCUGGCUGUUCCUGACCAAGACAGAGUUCAGAACUUUCUGUCUCAGAAGAGCAAGGAUCUCCACUGGAUUGGCCUGAGCCGCCCCCGCUCUGGGGAAUGGACCUGGGUAGACGACUCUACACUGGGCAAGAGUCACUGGUCGAAACGGCCCGGUGAGGAGGACUGCGUGUAUCUGAAUGGAGAAGACGUUUCUACUCAGAACUGGGCAACGGCAAAAUGUUCAGCUGUUUCAUACUACAUCUGUCAGAAAGAUCGCUGAAAUCCUUCUGCUGACUUCGCUUCCCAUCAGCCUCAUUAACCAGUUCAUAUCUUUCUAUCAUAACCACAACUUACACUGUACCAUACCUUCAUAUUCCAACAAAUCAUAAUGAUAAUGGGAAGUUUCAUGUGAUUGUAGAUUCACUGGAAGUAAUUCAUAAAAAAUACUGUACUUUAAAAUGCGUUUAUUUGAAGAAGCAGCUUCGAUGUAUCGUUUGUUUGCACUUUGAAAGCCUUUUUGCACUUAAACCUGUGGAUUUUUUUCUAUAACAAUUAUGAAUUGUCUUCAGUGAUAUAGAGAGAUGAGUAGAUUUUGUAUUUUUUAUUUAGCAUUUUAUUUGAUUAAACCGGAGUAAGGUUUAUAACAGUUUCAUUAUAUCAGCUGCAUUUGCUGUGAACCUCUUUAAUCCUUCAUAACUCUUCAUAUCCUUUUUGCCACAUGCAGAGUUCACUCUGUGCAGUACAUUGGGACCGGUACGGCCACUUCUGAGAUUACGAAGUCUUUGGACAGUUUGUAGUUUGUUUCAUAUAUUAAAUAAAGAACUCAAGCCCUA